AGGGGCAGUAAAAAAAAAAAAAAAAAAAAAAAAAGAAGCUUGGAGCACCUGCGACUUUGACAGUAAAAGCCGCGUCUUUUAUUCCUCCAAAUCAUUUCAGUUUAGGGAUAAAAAUCCUUUAAAUUGGGGAGAAAAAGAAAAGAAAAAGGGUUUAAAAAAGGAAAGGAGAGAGAGAAGAGGGCUCCCCCCUUGGGGGAAGAGGUGCUCCGUUUGUCUGCAGCCCCAAUGAGGCUUAUUUCCAUUAAAUCCGGCAGCAGGUUCCAGCGCAGAUAGAAGAGCGUCAUUUUUAUCACUCAUUACUUGUGUUUAGCGGAGACUGACGCUCCGGACGCAGCGGAGGAAACGCUCAUUUAUCCAGGAGUUUCUAAAAGGCCAGGAGGAGAGGAGCAGAGGGGGGAUCAGGAGCAGCUGUCCUAGAAGGCUCUUGUCGUCCCACCCUGUGCCAAGCUGUCUGCGCUCUUCCUGACAUCCGGCAGUCGUUCAGGGCUCUCUGUGCAGCGGCGAGCAGGAGCGGAGCUGGAGCUGGCUUAACUGGGCUAAGCACGCUGUCGCACAGUCUGAGGAAUAACCCCCCUCCCACCGUCUGAGCCCGACAGAAACAUGUCUGCCUGACCAGUAGCCUGAGUCGGCUUCAUCACUGUGAAAACUAGAGGCCACCUGUGUCCUGACAUCUGACAUCUUUCGUAUCCCAGUUUGAGGUGGCCGCUCCAGUAAGCACCAGUCAGUGAAGAGUAGCAGCCACAGGCCUCUUCAUCCCCACAAGUUGUGCCCCAGUAUGCAGGUGCUGCAUUAAGGAUGGAGGACUCCAGUUUAUGUCUUGGUGUAUCUUCAGCAGUGCCUGACACUGAUGCCCAUCUCAGUAGCGCAGUUUUAAAUGGCCGCUACCCCAUCAGUCAAAAGCUUCACCAGCUCACUGCCCAACUAGGACACGCCUUUCCUGACCUACACCGCCCUCAGCAGAUCCCCGAAGAGAAGGCUGUCACGCCUCUGGAUGAGAAGACGCAUCACGCAGCCCUGGCCAGUCAACCUAUUAGCAGUCAGAUGGCCCUGUUAGCCAAUCAGCUCAACCGAGAUAUUGACGCAGGCGCACUGAGUGGGUUAAAUGGCCGUGUUGACCUUCAGCAGUUUCUCAACGGCCAAAACCUGGGCAUCAUGUCGCAGAUGAAUGAUAUAGAAGAUGAUGCUCGCAAGAAUAGAAAGUAUCCCUGUCCGCUUUGUGGCAAACGUUUCCGUUUUAACAGCAUCCUUUCACUCCACAUGCGCACGCACACGGGCGAGAAGCCGUUCAAGUGCCCAUACUGUGACCACAGGGCAGCUCAAAAGGGUAACUUGAAGAUCCAUCUCCGCACUCACAAACUAGGGAACCUGGGUAAGGGCCGUGGCCGUGUCCGAGAGGAAAACAGGCUGCUUCAUGAACUGGAGGAGAGGGCAAUCUUGAGAGAUAAGCAGAUGAGAGGCAGUGCAAGUCUUCUCCAGACAGCUCAAACGCCCCAUCUUGUCCUCAAUAGCAGCUCCAACACCCAUCAGCAGCCAAUGCCGUCAGCCUGUGGUCCUCCUCCGAUUUCUGGCCUCGCCACUCCAGACACAAUUUCUCAGCCCUCCUCUUCACCCAAGCCCACGAGCCAGGAGGAACAAUCCAUGAAUCCAGCCAAUGGCUACCGUUGUACCUUCUGCAAAGGGAAGUUCAAGAAGCGUGAAGAAUUAGACCGCCACAUUCGUAUUCUCCACAAGCCCUACAAAUGUACUCUCUGUGAAUUUGCUGCCUCACACGAAGAAGAGCUGAUAAGUCAUGUGGAGAAAGCCCACAUCACUGCUGAGACCACACAAGGACAAGGUGCCGGUGGGGCUGGUGGCAUGCAGAUGGCCACUGAAUUUCGAUGUGACGUCUGUGGCCAAGUCUUCAGCCAAGCGUGGUUUCUGAAGGGUCACAUGCGAAAGCAUAAGGACUCCUUUGAGCACUGCUGUCAAAUCUGCGGUCGUCGCUUUAAGGAACCGUGGUUUCUGAAGAACCAUAUGAAGGUCCACCUAAACAAGCUAGCCAUUAAGAGCAAGCCGCCACAGCCCAGUGAGCAGGAUAUAGCUGCUGUUAACAGCAUGAGCAAUUUAGCUCAAGAGGCUCAUGCCAAUCUUUAUGCCCGCUACAUUUCAUGUCUUCAAGGAGGUUUUCUUUCACCUGACAAACAAGGCCUCAGCGAGCAGCACCAGAUGUUGGCUAAAGCAGGGAUCGCCAUGAAGGAGAAAGAGAUGUUAGGGAAGCUGUUAGGACCAAUGGCGGGAGGUAUGGCUCAUGGGCUUGGUGAAAAUGAAAAACGCUCACUCCUUGGAUGUCUCAACCUUGUGCCGCCUCUCAAAUCCAGCUGCAUGGAGCGCCUUCAGGCGGCUGCAAAGGUUGCAGAAAUGGACUCUCUCAACAGUUACCAAGCAUGGCAGAUCAUGGCGCGUGGCAUGGCAAUGGACAGGGCUUUCAUGCCGAAGGAGCAGCAGCACCAGCAGCAUUUAGCCUCUGGGCAGGAAGAUGAGAUAAGUGGUGCCGUGGCCCUAGCCUCCUACGGAAAGGACAAGCAAGACUACCCUAUGAUUGCUUCCAGUGAAAGCUCCAAACAGAAGCAGCUCUCUGAGGGCAUGCAGGGAACCAAGGCUUCUAGUGGGGCUAUGAUUCCCACGAAGGAGGACGGAAGAGGCUUUGAAAGUCAUCGUGAUCUAAUCACUCACCAUGGUGGCACUGAAGCCCCUGGAGGCCUGUCUGGUUUAGGAGCCCCGAAUAUCGACUUCAGCAUUUCCAGUCUGAAGGAAAAGCCUUCAGAGUGCCCUGAUUGUGGCCGCGUCUUCAGAACCUACCAUCAGAUGAUUGUCCACUCCCGAAUUCAUGGUAAAGACAGGAGAGGCAUCGAUGAAGGUCUUCAUCAAGGUGUGGAUGAACGCCGCGGCUCAGCGAGUGACCCCGAGUCCCAGUCCAUUAGCCGUUCCACUACUCCCGGUUCGUCAAACGUGACCGAAGAGAGCGGUGCGGGGGGAGGACAGUCCCAGACAGGAAGCAUCCAAGAUGAUAGUCCACAUCCCUCAUCGCCAUCUUCAGAUGUUGGGGAAGACUUGGGGAAAGCGGCGGUGAGCCUGCAGCCGCCUCCAUCCCAGGUCAGGGAACGAAGCGUGGGAUCGUCCUCCAAAGACUGCCCCUACUGCGGCAAGUCCUUCCGCACCUCCCAUCACCUCAAAGUCCAUCUGCGGAUACACACAGGAGAGAAACCCUACCGAUGCCCUCAUUGUGACUACGCUGGCACCCAGUCUGCCAGUCUGAAGUACCACCUCGAGCGCCACCACCGCGAACGUCAGAAUGGCUCCAACACAUCCGGCUCGUCCUCUGGUCACAACGCAUCUUCUGACCAUAAAGAAGACUCUUUAAAACCCGGCGGCAGCAUCUUCGCCCGACCAGAUGUGCUCCGCAACGUUUUCAAAAGCAUGCCCGCCAACCUGGACUUCAGAGCUGGUCCCCUGAUGCCGCAUCAGUGGACAUCAGCCGGCAUAUUACCUCCUCAUGACCGAGAUCGCGGGGAUCGGCGUUUCGAUUCGGUGCCUUCAGCUGAGAACCUGAAGACAGCGGACGGCCAGUCAGCCAUGGUUUCAGCGACUGAUAGCGCUGCUAGCUUCUCCGAUCUAAGCAGGGCUUACCAAAGUAUGAUAGGCAACGGGGUCCACUUUCAAGGUUCUCUCCAAGCUUUCAUGGACAAUUUUGUCCUGGGAUCCAUGAAGAAAGAUGUUACUGACAACCAGAGCCCUGUCCAACUCCCAGCCCAGCGUUACCAUGAUAACGGUGAGCCCAAAGCCAAACGAGGAAUCUCGGGUGAACAGGAGAAAGAUGACAAACCUGAAACCAAGAAACAUUCAGAGCCAGGAAAGCCCGGGUCCCAGUAUGAACCGCUCGAUCUGUCUGUAUCCGUACGGCCUGAGUCCGGACCCGGAUCUCUGCCCGGUUCCUCGGUCACUGUUCAUGAUAACGUGGCUUGGCACGGCUGCCUCUUCUGCUCCUUUUCUACUUCCUCUUUGGAGCUCAUGGCUCUACACCUCCAGGCUAACCAUCUGGGUAAAGCUCAAAUGCAGCGGUCCGAUCCGGGCAAGGAGAUUCAGCAGGACGCUGUUCCCACCAACUCCGCUGUUCAUGCUUCCAAUCUCAAGACUUCUGCUUUGGGUUUGGACAGAGAAGGAGACAGAGAAGGCGAGAAAAUCCAGGGAGUUUGGACCAACCACAUCGACCAACCUUAUAACCCCUUCCAGAGUGAUUUCUUCAGGAGGUUUGGUGGCCUGUAUGAUGGAUCUCCAAGGGUCAACCCGGGACUCCAAGGUUAUAUAACAGAGCAGGGGCUGGAACUGCAUAAUCAGGUCAUGGGAGGAACGCCGUCAGCGGUGGACGACCACAUUGGCGAGAGGGGUUCCUGUGAAGACGCAGAGUAUGACCGCGCCGGCUCGGACGAAGACAUGGUAAAAGCUGGAGAGCACAGCACAUGUGAGACCCCUUCAACCACCCCUAAGAGACCACAGCUACAAAAUAACUCUGAGGAAGAGGAGGAGGAGGGUGGAGUUGCUGAAGAAGAGGAGGAAGGAGAUGAAGAUGAACGAAUGGACUUGGAAAGAGAGGAAGGAGGCAGCCCAGCUUCAGACCACAGCCAGAAUCACGCUAAACAACUUCAAGACGAGCCGUGUCUAACUCUAAGGAGCAGUGUUGGUUUACCAGCAUCCUCCGCCACCAUGAAGCCUCUCUCCGUGGUUCCCCAGAACCAGAACUUGGCCCUGGACAAGCAGUGGCAGCAGGGCCUGGGCCUCCUGUCUCCUGAAGGUGCAUCGGGACUCUUGAAGGCCGAGCAGCAGACCCACCUAGAGCAGCAAAUGACCAUGCUGUCCGUUCUCAGAGCCUACACCAAUGAUACCGCCCCGACGUUCAACGGCCUGGGGGGUGGCAGCGGCGGAGCAAUCACAGGUGGCACGAAGAGGUCGGAUGGGAGCGCGCAUCUGUGGCUAGCAGAGGAGGACCAGCAUAUGACCCUUGACCCCGCGCUGACCCUCGAACCCAACCAGCUCAACAACGACCUUAACCACAACCAUAACCUGGGCGAGCCCAAAGGGCUGGACGCCCACGCUGUGAACAAAGACUGAAGGCGGUCCACCAGAGCGCGGCUCAGCGGCGGCCACCAUGACGACGAUGAGGCGAAGGGGGGAUGAAGGUUAAUGAAGGAAAACACUAUAAUAGAGACUUUAUUUAAGAUGAUUUAAAAUAAAAAAAACUACUUCCAUCAGAAGGAGAACUGUACGUCUGAGACGGUCUUCUCUGGACCGCCGAGAUGGACCUAAUGACUUUCCAAGCAUCUUCGCACACUCAACCAGACGAUGGACACCUUCCUUUGUGUUUCCUGUGGUCUGAAUGCAUCUUGUCUUUGUUGUCAUGGCUUCUGUUCUCCUUUCUUUUCUCUGGAUGAAGCUACCUGUCCGAUGAACACUUCCUGCAAUCAUCGGCGACACAUUCCUAGCAGAGAUCUUUUCUAACGGACCGAGACCUGUCGCCACCGUCGCUCUCGGUAGAACGUAUUCUACCGCUGAAUAGAAACUGUCGACAGACCAAGCUUAUUCCCGUCAUGCUAGCGGCUCCUUGCCCCCCUACCCCACACCUUUUUCGCCGUCAUGACUUCCUGUUUCUGAUGCUUUUUAAUCCAGUUUAUUCACUCCCGGAGGUAGUGCCAGCUGCGCCACCCCCCCAACCCCCUGCCCCCACUACACAAUCUGCUCUAUUCCAUUGACUGUUUUUUUCUUCUGUAUUUUUAAAAAUGCAGUACAGGUGCUCGAUGUAAAUACAGAGAUAUACAGCGAAGUCGACGUUUAAAACGUUUGGCGAUGAGGGAAAAGUAGAGGAGUGACGGCGGUUUAUCGCUCACACAAUCACAUGGCCUCCGUUCUUCUGGAGUGGGAAAGAAGAACUAAAAAUAAUGGAGGAGUGAGAACUGUUUGUUUCUUUAAAGCCCCUUUUUUGCUUCCUCUUCCAUGUCAAACCUGGAGAACUGUAGUGUUGCAGAUGUUUGUAUAAUACUGCCACCGAUCAUUGUUGCACAGUGUUACUGACUACUGAAAACGGUUUGAUGUAUUUACUUUAAGUUGAGAAAAAAAAAUAGCAUAAAACUGGAAAAAAGACAUAAUGUGUAUAGCCUUAGAUUACAAGUCAUCUGUUAUUGCUACUUCAAAAGCUAUGUAACUGUGCUAGACUGUAGGAUGUAGGGUUGAUUUUACUUUCGACUUUUUAUGUACUGUACAUUAAUGCCUUGUCCAUUUACUGAUCGAAAAAAAACGAGAGAAAAAAAAGAGGAAAAAGAUGACAAUCGUCUCCUGUGCCCCCAUAUAUACAGAUCCGUUACGCAUAGAGGAGCUUCUCCUUUGGAUUUCUUUAAUUUGUUUGGAUUCUCAGAAGUAUUUUGCACUGUGAUAGUAUUAUAAAUCCAACCUAUACAGUACAAAACUAGCUAAUGAACUAAAACGAGCGUGUGUUUGUGUGUCCCUUGGCAUUGUGAAAUGUUUCUAUGUCAUUUCUUUGUGAACCCAGAGGAAAAAAAAAAACCCAGAGAGAAAAAAAAAUAGUCUAAUGCGGUAUGUAUACUCCAACUAUAAUACUUCUUUUUUAUUUUUUAGUUUGAUCAACAUCUAUACUGUAUGUGGCUUUGAAAAAUGGUUCCUCAGAUUUUUUUUCUUCCUUUCUGACCUACAGCAUAGACCGGUUACUGCUCCCCCCCCACCUGACAUCCAGAGCUUAGACUCCAGCCUGAGUGGACUUUGCUCUGCCAGUCUUUUCUUUAAGCUACAUUCGAAUCAUUUCUAUAGACCACCAUAAACCAUACUUUCAAUUUUACAGAGGAGAUUUAAAAUCGAAAUACUAACCAAGAAGAAGCGUUGAAAAGUGAGAAGUUAUUGUUUUUUGGGGAUUUGGAAAUAGGGUCAAAACAAACCAGCUGGAUGCAUACUGGUGAAAUCACUGACCAACAGCUUUGACCUUUGACCUUAUCUCUGUUUUCUGUAUAAAGAUUUGAUUCGUGGUGAGAGUGGAGCUCGGGCUCUUUUCCUUCUCUAAACCAGCUAUAAAGAUCAUUCCAUUCCACAUAUGAUGUAAAAACCUGUCUUGUGAGCUGAACACUCUAUGUUUUGCUGUAUCCUUAUGGCAGAUGCUUCGUUUUGUAACUACUGAACUGUACUUAUAAUAAAAAUAAAAUGUAUUCAAACUAAA